AACACAUUGUGGACAUUACUGCUCAAGCUAACGUGCACUCUGACAACAACAUACUAUGUGCUGACUGAGAGAGAAGAAACUGAAGGGUGUGAGAACUGAACACUUGUAAGGUUAAAAUAACAACAUUAGCCUUUGUUCUGAGUUUCGUUUAGCUUGUCUUUAGCAACGAUCUUUUGUCGCUACACUUAUUGUAUGGCUCAACGAAUAAGCUUUGAUGUUUCGAUGAGCUAGCCUGUCAAGCUAGCAGACUGAAGAAAUCACUAAUAAGUUUAGCUCAAUGAUCAACGUGCCUCACGCGUUAUGUAGCUUAUAUAUAGAAUGUCAGUGAGUUACCCAAGCCAUGGAUAGAUACUCUGGUUGAUAAGAAGUCGCCAAUGUCUGAGAGUUGAACAGACUUGUGUCCAGUAUGAGUGCAUCAGCCGGGGACAGAGAGCCUGCUGGGACUCCCCUGGAUAACGCAAAGGAAGAGAUCAGUGGUCCUACCUGCACAGGAGACAACAGCAAACAUGAUUCUGCAGUUUGCUCAGGCAACACUGAAAUAAAGAGCCGUGCUGUGGUCAAGUACUCGGCUGCUCCUCCUCCAACCAGCUAUGCCCUGCUGCAGGAGAAGACAGACCUGAAGCUGCCGCCCGCAAACUGGCUGAGAGAAAACCCCCAGCUGGGCAGCGCUGGCACCACUGUGCUAGGGUCCAGCAGCAAAAGCAAACCUUUUUCCAGUUUCGGGAUGGCCUAUGACUUCAUUGACUGCAUCGGGGAUGAUGUUGACGUGGUAUCAGACUCAGAGAACAUCAAGAAGCUUCUGAAAAUCCCGUACAGCAAGUCCCAUGUCAGUAUGGCUGUUCACCGCGUGGGGAGAACGUUGCUGUUGGACGAGCUGGACAUUCAAGAGCUCUUCAUGAGCUCUUCUCAGACAGGAGACUGGACAUGGCUAAAGGAGUUUUACCAGCGGCUCAUAGAUCAGAAAUGGCAGAGGAAAAAGAAGAGUAAAGAGCACUGGUAUCAGAAAGCAAUUCUGUCAAAGUUCCUCUACUACAGUAUUAAUGGAGAUGGAGCUGCAGAGCCUGUACCAGACAAUCUGAAUGAAGGAGAAGAGGAGAACGAGUCAGAGGAGUUUAGUUCUUCAUGGCCGACCACCUUCACCAGCACAUCGUCAGAUGCAGAAGAACAAGACGCUUCCAAGCAGGAAAGUGUUCCCAUGGAUAGCAAAUUUGCUUUGGGCCAGGUGACAUCAGUAUUUAAAGAGCAAAACCUGCCUAUGCUCUUCAACGAAGGAGAGAACAGCCAGGGUUUAAGGAACGACUUUGUGCGAAACAUCAUGUGGACAUUCGAGGACAUCCACAUGUUGGUUGGGUCCAACAUGCCUAUAUUUGGAGGAGGCCGCUAUCCUGCCGUCAGUCUGAGACUCAGGGACAACAAUAAACCAAUCAACAUUCUGACAGGUAUUGACUACUGGCUCGACAAUCUGAUGUGUAACGUCCCAGAGCUUGUCAUGUGCUUUCACGUCAAUGGCAUCGUUCAGAAAUAUGAAAUGAUAAAAACAGAGGACAUUCCUCACCUGGAGAACUCAACUUUCUCUACGAGGGUGGUGAAAGAUAUCGCUCAGAAUAUCCUCUCCUUCCUCAAGUCCAACUGCACCAAAGAGGGUCACACCUACUGGCUUUUCAAAGCUAGUGGGAGUGACAUUGUGAAGCUUUAUGAUCUUACUACUCUGUGUGAAGAGGCGGAAGAAGAGAAAUGCCAGAAUCCCUUCACUCUUCCUGUGGCUGUGUUACUAUACAAAGUUGCCAGCAACUUGAUGCUAAAGGCGAGGCAGAACAGGAAGCACUACGGCACAAUCAGAACUCUGCUCUUAAACUGCGUCAAACUUCUGGAUCAGGAGAGGCAUCCUCAGAUCAUCGCCUCGGCUCACUACAUGCUGUCCGAGCUGUUCCAGCUUGACGAGCCUCCCCAAGAAGACGGAGGGGAGUCGCUUCAGGCCGGGGGAUCUGAGGACAGCUACAGUGAUGAAGACAGGGAGGAAGAGGAGGAAGAAGAGGCAGAGCUGCUGGAGAACAGUGAUGAGAACAGCUCGUACAGUUCCUGCUCCAGAUCUCAUGAUGACAGUAAAGCUGUGGCGGUGAUCCGCUCUGUAGGGGAGCUGUCGGUCCCGGAGAAAUACAAAUCUACUCACCAAAUCAGACCAAGUGGCCCUUUCCCUGUUUCCCACGACAAGGAGGAACGAUGCAGACAUGUCUUGAGCUGCGUACUGAAGGGACUGAAGGCAGUGGAUGGAAGUAUCAAGAAGGAGAGUGAUCUCCCAGCUGCAGAUCCAAACACACCCAUUCCAUUAAAGUAUGAGGACAGGAGUGCAGCGGAAGCCUGCGCUGCUGAGACAGGCAUCUCUCUGCUGAUGGAAAGAGCAGGGCCAUUACAUGCAGACCAGAAGCACCCAUUACGCUCAGGGAUGAUACCCGGCUCAUGGCAGCACCGCAUGAAGCUUCAGCUCUUCCUCAAAGCUUCCAAGGCCUACUAUGUCCUGUCUGACGCUGCCACCAACCUGCUCAAGUACGGACGAGCUCUGCGCUACAUCAAGCUGUCAUUACAGAGUUAUGAUGCCUACUGUUCAGUGAGCGGUACUCUGCACCCACAGGUGCUGCACUUUCACAGCCACUGCCUGUCACUGUGUGGGGACAUCCAACUGAUGCUGGCCCAGAAUGCACACAACAGAGCUGCUUACCAGGAGGAGUACAGCUACCAGACCAAAGAGGACCAGGAGAUCCUGCACAGCCUACAAAGAGAGAGCAGCUGCCAGGCCUUCAACAUGGCAACAGACCUGGCCAUGGACCCAGAGUACCAGCUGUUUAUUAGCAAUAAGUGCUAUGAAGCGGCGUAUGAUCUGCUCAUCUCUGAGGCUUUGACGGAUCACGACUCAGAUCAGCUGGCUCAGGUGCUCAAAAGGCUGGGAAACAUCCGUAAUGAGAUGGGAGUCUAUUACAUGAACCAGGCUGCAGCCAUGCAGACUGACAAAGAAGUGAAAAAGUCGGUGUCGGUAGCAGAGCAGGAGAUGUGGAAAAAGAGUUUUUCCUUUUUCGAGAAAGGCAUGAAGGACUUUGAAGCCAUCAGGGACAGAACUAACACGGCCUUGCUGCUGUGUAACACGGGCAGGCUGAUGAGGAUCUGUGCUCAGGCUCACUGCGCCGUCUCUGCAGACCAAAGCAGAGGGGAGUUUUCACCUGAGGAGGCGCUUUACUACAACAAGGCAAUAGACUACUACCUGCAGGCUAUGAAGUCACUUGCAAGUCGAGAAAGCCACCCAGCAGUGUGGGACAGUGUGAACUGGGAACUCUCCACCACUUAUUUCACCCUGGCCACACUUCUGCAGGACUACGCGCCUCUGUCCAGGAAGGCCCAGGAGCAGAUCGAGCGUGAGGUUACCGAGGCGAUGAUGAAGUCUCUGAGGUACUGUGACCUGCAGACUGAGUCGGCUCGUCAGCCACUCUACCAGUACAGAGCUGCCACCAUUCACCACCGUCUGGCCUCCAUGUACCACAGCUGCUUCCGCAACCAGGUGGGGGAUGAGCACUUGAGGAAGCAGCACCGCAGCCUGGCAGAGCUUCAUUACAGCAAAGCCGUCCGUCUGUUCCUCAGCCUCAAAGAUGCUCCCUGUGAGCUGCUCCGCACGCUGCUGGAGAGGGUAGCCUUCGCUGAGUUUACUAUGGCAGGUCAGAGCAGCAGCACGGCGAAGCUUAAGAGCCUGACUGGAGCAAUCGAGAUCAUGACAGAAACUCGCUUUGCUUUCCAGAUGAUUCAUAAAGAGCUGCUGGAGGAGCAGACGGAGCUGAAUGAACCAAAACCGUCUGAAUCAGCAGAGUGUCCUGACGUAGCUGGCGGACCCGGCUCUGGACUGAAUAUCCAGGAAGUGAUGAAGUUGAUCGGAGUGUUUGAGCCGAGUUUCUCCUUCCUGAUGCUGCAGGUGAUCAAACUGAUGACGACAAUGAAACGGAAACCAAGCAAUAAGGACGAGGAGCUGUUGAAAACCUACAAGAAUGUGUACUCCAAGCUGCUGCGAGCCGAGAAGAACGCCCCACUCCUCAGUCGCGUCUUGCUCCACAUGGAGCUCCUGCAGCAGCUGACCUCACAAACAGAAAGUGAGGACGCCGGGGCCCAUUCGUGAUAGCUGCAUAAAUCACAGUGAGGAAUACAUUCAAGACUUCAACUCCGCCCUCUGCACCCACUCUGGGGAGCACUCGGACACCUUCGUUACUGACUACACAUGCUCAGGCAACACUCUGAAUUACAGUUUCAAAGCUAAUUCACCUCCUGCGCCUUUAAAUGAAUGACUCAUUUUUUAACAUUUGCAUCACAGGUUUUGAAUUGUACAUUUGUGUUAAAAGACGUGUAAAUUCAGAAGUUAUUAUUUAAUUUUCUUAUUCGUUAAGGGGUUACAGUACACGCGUGGAGCUCCUAUGUGUGGGAUUUGUUUACUGUUCUGAACAUCACCUGGGUUGCCUCAUUUUUCUACAAACAUACAGCAAACAAAAAACAGUAUCAUCGUGUGUUAAUUCUACACAUAGGAGCUAAUAAAGCAUUUCGCACAUGCUCAGAAAAGCAUUCAUUUUGGUUAAAUAAGUGGUGUUUUGAUAUUCAAUAAUACCAGUAAUGCUGUGAAUAAAACAGACUGAAGUGUGGCCGAGGGCUGACAAGUUCUAAUAAGCUUGAACACCAUAUUUGCUUUCCAAAACAAAAUGUGCAAUAGUUUGGCAACAUUCAAUGCAAACUCAGAGGCUUGUGUCCACAAUGCUGUAUGUGUUGAUGUGAGUUUAUAUCAGCAUGGUUUGCUGUGACAUGAAAAUAAACGGUUUGUAAAUUUUA